GCUCUAGGGACCAAGCAGCAAGGAGCACACUACAAUCUGACGAUGCUCCCCACGAGGAGACUUCCCUAAAUGAUAUAUUCGAAACCCUGGCAACUUGGAUAAGAAAGGAAGGCGGAUAUGUUCAUGACACACUGCGGCUAGUGAAAAAGGACAACAGGAGGGGAAGGGGUGUAAUCACAACACAGCUCAUCUCAGGCGACCUGCUGAAAUGCCCAGCCAUUCUCAUUCCAGAAAGCAGAGUACUGGCAUCGAGUUCUGCGGCAGACCUGCUGGGUGAAAAGAUAGAUGAGAGUGCCAGGCAAAACCUAGCCAACUUUGAUGGUGACCUCCAGCUAGGCUUGUUCCUUGCACAUGAACGAAACAAAGGUGCGCCUUGCAGAAAUUUGAAAGGUGGCAGUUUCAGUUCAUCUGUCCAUGAAACUGGUACUAUCCUCACAUACCAUACCUGCAAAUGGAUCCUGUAG